CUAUGUUUGUGAUUGUGAAAAUAUAAUAGAAUUACCUACCAAUAGCAUUAAGUAAACAAAAAACUAAAUUUUACCAAUGAAGUAGGCAUUUUAUCCUUUCAACCUAGAGAUAGAUAGUAAAUAAAUAUAAAACGAUGGAAGAAUUGGCAAGUUCUAUCAACCAGUAUGAAGAACAAUUGUCAGUAGUAAGGCAAGCGUUACAAGUUACGAAAGAUGCUGGCGAACGUGAAUCGCUGUCUGCCCUGCAAUCAGAGUUGCAAGAACUUAUUAGCCUCACAAAAGAAAGUUUGGAUGCUCAACGACCCAAAAUAAAUGAGUCGCAGAGUAUUUCUAAUGGUGAUGAUACUAAUGGAAAUGAAUUAGACGAUGAAUAUGCUUUAUUUAUGCAAGAGAUGACUCAAAGUGGAGCCUACAAGGACAAGGACGAUACAUUAGAUCCUGACAACUGUGGGCAAAAUGAGAACAAUGAUGAUAGUGAUAUAGAGGAUGAGUUGGCUACACUUCUCGGCAUGAAGUGUGGCGUGUACCACACACACACUUGGGGUGGACAGCCUAGCUUACACAAUGCCAUGGUCAGCUCUGUGGUGCCUCGCCAGGAUGAUGACCAGUUCUCAGACCUUCAGGUGAGAGUUCUCUUUACACAUCCAACGCAUGCAGAAAUGUUGCCGUGCCCCUUUUACUUGAAUGGAGAAUGCAAGUUUAGUGAUGAACAAUGUAGAUAUUCUCAUGGUGAUGUGGUACAAUUAUCAAAUCUAAAGGAAGCGAUAGAACCAAACUAUGCAAAUAUAAAAGUUGGAAGCAGAGUUUUAUUAAAAUUGAAACCAGCUGAUGAUGAGGACAUGAGCACUGUAAAAAAAUCGACAGAGAAAUACCACCUGUGGCACAGAGCGGUGGUGAAAGGGGUCGAUGUAGAGAAGAGGUCUUGUGUUGCGAAAUUGGAGCAAAACAUCAAAACUGGGGACAAAAGGAAAUCAGCUUCCGACGAAUAUCAUGUACUGUUUGAAGAGAUAUUUCCACUUAGUACUGAAGGCGCUGAAAAUACAGACUCUGACGAUAGUCUGAGCGACACAGAGUAUCCGGAGAGCAAGACACUUCGUACCGAAGAGAGCACUCAGCUGCUGGUGGAGCAGAGCUUGCAGAACAACGCGCCGGCCAUGGGCGAGUGGGAGCGACAUACUAGAGGCAUGGGGUCGCGCAUCAUGCUGUCGAUGGGGUACGUGCCGGGCACGGGGCUGGGCGCGGCGAGCGACGGCCGCCUGCGCCCCGUUGAGGCGCGCGGGACGGCGCCGGGCAAGAGCCUCGACCACUGCAUGGCGCUGAGCGAGAAGAUGGCUCAGCAGGACCCGCUUAAGGUGGAGCAGAAACUUAAAAGGCUACAAAAGAAAGAGGAAGAACGCAACAAAAGAGCUUAUGAGAGGGAAAAGGAAAGGGAGAGGAGAAAUGUAUUCAAUUUCUUGAACAACACUUUGGGUGAAACAACCGAACAAUCUACUAAUGUACCUUCAAUAGACAUCAAACAGUCUACGAGCAAAGAUUUGAAUAUAGAACAAUUUAAAUUGGAAGAAGAUUGUCGCAAGAUAGAGAACGAAAUCAUAAAAUUAAAUAAUACUUUGGCUAAGUACCCUCAAGAUUCAAAUGGUCAUCGAAGCAUCGCUAUGAAAGUAGCGGAAAAAAGUAAAGAGCUUAAUUUGCUUCGAAAUAAGGAGAUGCAGAUUGCAAAAGAACAAAAACAGAGAAAAGACAAAAAGAAAAUGACUGUUUUUUAAUGUGAAACUGACAUCAAAUAAUGUAUACUGUAUCAAGUAUGAAAUAAAUAUUUGUGACGUAA